AAACUUUUAUUGUCAGUGCUAUGUGCCAAGGCCCACCGUUUGCGCCACCAUAUUGGCACGAUGAGUCAGCAGACACUUUCGUACGGAGUCCGAGUGUUCAAUAUCUAUUGCAUAGUAGUAGAAGAUGAGAAGAUUAAAAACAUUUUAAACUGUCAAUCAACUCAGUAGAGGUUCAUGAGUCGCGAGAUAUCACCUGUAAAUACCGGCAAUGGCAGAAACCAUCACCAUCCGAACCCGUAGAUUCAGAACCAACCCAUUACUGUCUCGUAAGCAAAUGGUUGUGGACGUGUUACACCCCGGCCGAUCAGGCAUAUCGAAGUCGCACCUAGAAGAAGCACUGGCGACACUCUACAAGACUACAGCUGAGCAGAUCAGCAUCCUCGGUCUGCAAACCGCGUUCGGCGGCGGUAAGACCACCGGUUUCGUAUGUAUCUACGAUUCGGUCAGAGCGCGGACGACAUUUGAUGCCAAGUACCGGUUGAAGCGCGCGGGCCUCGCGUCUCGAGGAGAUCGCCAGUCGAAACAGAAUCGGAGCCACUGGAAGAACUGGAGGAAGAGAUUCCGAGGUACCAAGAAGCCACAGUACCCUGUGCUAUCUGUGCGCUGGGUCACAACUGUACCACCUUAAGCUUGAUAAAUUACACAUGGAAAACGUAUGGGGGAGAAGUGCAGUGGGGUCGGCACAUCACGGGAGGACCUACAAGACCUAAACCGGAGUGUCUAGUUUACUGAGAUUCUCAGUAUCGUCACACCUCUAACACAUAUCGACCGCUUGUUUCAUACCUCAAUAAAUGUUUCGGUAUCCCAGUUUCCAGAACGAUAUAAUAGCAGGUGAACGCAAGAGUCGAUGAGGCUUCAAGUACAGUAAUCUUUUACAUGUAGUUGUACACGCUGGGCGUCCAGGGUCGAAACUCUCGGAUGUGAUGGAAAGCAAUGGAA